AUGAUACUUUUGGGUAUCAUCACCAUCGGGACCUAUGUACCGUGGCUCGCGUGGAUCGAUUGGAUCUGCGGUUUGGAUGCUAAACUCGAAAAGACGGCAAAGGAUUUUGAUGUGCUCAUGGAGAAAGUUGUGCAAGAUCAUGAAGCUGGAGACGGACAUGGGAAUGAUUUCGCCGAUGUAUUACUCUCUCUUCAGAAAGACAAGAGCAUUGGGUUUGAGAUCAACAGGAGCAGCAUUAAGGCAAUCCUCUUGGACGCUUUUGUGGGUGGUUCAGACACAUCCUCGACGCUUUUGGAAUGGGAACUAACAGAGCUUCUACGUCACCCAGAGUGUCUGAAAAAGAUUCAAGAAGAAGUCCGUACGAUUUGUAAGGGGAAAUCGAGCGUAUCAGAAGACGACCUUCAAGACAUGAUCUACUUGAAAGCUGUGGUCAAGGAGACGCUCAGGCUACAUCCUCCAGUUCCAUUGAUGGUUCCUCACAAAUUGAUUGAAGACAUCAAAUUAGGAGAUCAAAACGUACCGGCCGGUUCGUUGGCUAUUAUCAAUCUUUGGACGAUCGGGAGAGAGGUCGCGACGUGGGGACCAGACGCGGAGGAGUUUAAACCGGAGAGGCAUCUAACCUCGUCUGCUGAUUACCGUGGUCAGGAUUUUGAGCUGAUCCCUUUUGGAUCAGGGAGGAGGAUGUGCCCAGGGAUAUCAUUCGCUGAGGUGUUGAAUGAAGUGGCUUUGGCUAACUUGAUUCAUGGGUUUGAUUGGCAAGCUACAGAAGAUCUUCAGGCCGACAUCGCUGAAUCAGUCGGUACUGUGAUUCGCCGUGAGUUCCCUCUUUACGUGAUUGCAUCACCAACUACUUAG